CAGACAUGAGGGAGAUAGGGAAAACAAACUGCGCCGUAAAAACGUCCAUGUGAGAUCCAGGCACGUUUAAGCUAUACUCUCAACAAUGAAUUCGAUUAGGAUAUGACAUUGACAGGGUUGCCAUUGGUUCAUGUUAGAGUAUCAGAUAAUCUGCCAGUGGCGAACAUCACUUUGGCAUGUCGUCGCGUGCAAGCGUGGAUGCCUACAUUAUUGAGGACAUGUCGUUAAUUGAUUAAUAUCGAUCAACUAUUGUAACGUUAUUGCUUUGUUUUUGCCAUUUUAUGUAAAUAACCCACUGGGUAGGUUUUUUCGUUUUUCUACUUUGUCAGACCGUUAAUAUUAAGCAAGACAAACUCGUUUGAUAUGUCCCAACGUUGGUCUUAGCUAGCUGACUAGCCAACAAGCGGCCAGUUUCGCUUUCUUUUAGAAUUUUGGAGUGACAUUGCAUUAGUUGUUGAUUUAUGCAGUGUGAUAGUCCUGAACGAGCUUAAACGCAGAGAUAAAAAGGAAUGUUUUCACGUAGGAGCAGGAGCAUUUAGGGAGAGACGUAUAACCACUGAGUAGCAAUGCAGUGUCUUUAACAUGGCUGUAAACGAGAACAUGUUAGCUUGACUAAAUCCAUUAUGAAAUCAAUAUUAAACGUGGAAUAUCGUCACUAUAUAUCAGACAAGAUUUAGUUAAACAGUGCUUGACUGGGUGCCCUUGUGCAGUGUACUAUUUGGAAUACUGUAAGAACAGGCUGAAAUGUUAGCAAGUGGCAUCAUGAAUACAUUCGGGAAAAAUGGGUUAAUUAGUCUCGGUAUCGGAGCUACGGCUGGCGCUGGUGUAGUCGGAUUUCUUAUUUACAAGGAAGUUUCCAGAAAAAGAACCGAGGAUCCUGAGGUGCCUCAGGCGAGCCCCUCUACUCUUAUGGCAUGCACAGAUGAUGUGGACAGACAACAAACACCUGCCCUUGACUUGCAAGAUAUGCCAUCAGAGGUGGCAGCGCUGGGCUCGGCCCUGCAGGGUCUGCAGGGUCUCUCCCCGGAACAGCAGGUGGAGUUGAAGAACCGUCUGGACGACGUGCUUGUGUGCGUGGCGGGCCUCAGGAGCGAGGUGUCCGAGCUGCGGACUGGCCUGCAGGACAUCGCCCAGAAGAUCAUCGAGGACGUGAAGAAGGGUUUGGAGGAGCACCAGCGGGCGCGACGCAGACGCCAUCUUAUCCCGCGGGAGCGGACGGACUCCAUGAGCUCCAGCUCCAUCUACUUCAGUGCCAGCGCUGGUCCAGCCAGCACGUGCGGAGGAACGGAGAGCGAGGGGGGGUAUUCCACUGCCUAUGCAGAAUCAGACUACACAGACCGUGAAACAGACCGUGAGACGGACAAGGAAGGCGACAAGGAGGACAAAGAGUCCGACGAAGAGGAUGACGAGGAUCGCAGCGUCGCCACCGUGCUCACCCUUCGCCAGGAGGACUCCCAGGCCGAGGAUGACGACGAGGAAGACGCGGACCGAGAGUGGCCCACCAUGGCAACCAUGGUGACCAUGGUGACGGACGUGCCCAGCGCCGAGUUGGCACUGCUCCUGUCCCAGAGCGACCUGCUGCAUGAGGGGGACAGCGGAGCCAAGAAGGAGGGCUUCAACCUGCUCCACACCAACAAGCCUCUGUAUUCUGACAGCACAGAGUUCCUGUGGCGUCUUGCACGCGCCUACAAUGACAUGUAUGAGAUCACUGACGACAAGGAAGAGAAGAAGUCUUAUGCUGAGCAAGGCCGCGACGAAGCCGAGGCAGCACUGAACAGAAAUGGCCUGAACGCCGAAUGCCAUAAAUGGUUUGCCGUCCUUACCGGCCUCAACUCACAGUAUGAAAGCAUGCACGGCAAACUGAAAAGCAGCCACAUCCUCAAGGAGCAUCUAGAUAGAGCCAUCGCACUGAGGGACGAUGACCCCCUCUGUUUCUAUCUACUUGGGCGCUGGUGCUAUGAGGUGUCUAUGCUGGGUUGGCUGGAGAAGAAGGCUGCUGCAGCGCUGUACGAGUCCCCUCCUUCAUCCACUGUCCAUGAGGCGCUGGAGUACUUCCUCAAAGCAGAAGAGCUUAGCCCCGGCUUCUCCAAGACUGUGAGGGUUUACAUUGCCAAGUGUCACAAGGAGCUUGGGAGUACUUCAGAGGCCAGCAAUUGGGCCCGACUGGCGAUCCAGAUGCCCAGUGUGACCAGUGAGGAGACUGACAACUCUACUCUUGAGGAGGAACUGGAAGCUUUGAUCGACACACCGUCAGAUCUGUCUCCAUCGAAUGGGGAUUUCUAGACGGCCGUCUCGUCCCUCAACACCUGCAGAAAUAUGGGUAUACAGAUGAAGCACUGACGACUGCUUGUCUAGCAGUCCCCAUUCCAUUACGUAGAUGACCAUGUGUGGUAUUGUGUCCAAUGUGGUCGAAAGUGCAAACAUUUCAGGAUCGAGUCAUGUUGAUUCUGCACUGAUAAACUGAUUCAGUAAUUUGGUCGUUUUGUCAACUGUGUAACACCUUUUGAGGUGCACUUAGUUGUAGUCUCCAAGUACUCCUUGCUAGGGAUGAAGUAAGAAAUAGGUAUAAAAUGCCACCUGAUUAGUGCACCCCUCCCCCCCCUCCAGAAUUUUAUAUACGGUUUUUACCUCAAUUAAGUCUUAAUCUGAGUUUUUAAUUAAGUGCGUAAUUGGUACAUUCAGCAGAAUACGAAGACAAAUGAUCAUAAUCAAGCUCAUGGUGUCAGUGUGUUUAAUGUUGCAAGUGAAGGCAUAUCAAUCCAGACUAAACGCCCUCCAAAUUUUCAGGCAAUAUUUAAUUGUUGUCGUGUUGGUGUUGUGAAGGCUAUUAAAUAGAAAUUAACUUUAUUUUAGAAUUACAUGCUCAUUUGACAUCCCAAACAGCAAAUUGUGUGAAAGUUGUCAUCUACCCUGUUAAGCAGUGCAUGCUUGAAUUCUUAUGGUUCUAUAUUCGUGUGUGAAAAUAGCUCUCCACUUAAGUUUCGGAAUCAGUGCACGUCUUUACGCUUUGUGUUAUGGGACCUCAGACAUAACACUGAGAUCACACUCAAAGUCCAGAAGUAUUUUUUUAACAGCAUAAGAGGCUGAAGUAUGUUUGUCCUCACCUUUGGUCAUUUUAUUUAUUAUUUUAUUUUUUUACAAAGAUUACAAAUUCUAUUUAAAGUCAAUACAGUACAUGCUUGUUUCAAGGACUCACAUUAACAUUCCAUGUAAAGCUGUUUACUCUGUGUUAGACCACUGCACUAUAUACUUUUAAUUCAAAUCAUCACUCGUUGACUGACGUGUAUUUAUUAAAAGUUGAUUUUAUUUGAA